GUUCAGUAAAAUAUUACCAACAUAAAACUUCCAACUCGUGAAAAUGUGACGAUAUUGUGGAAUGUGACUUCACUGAAAGUGGAGAUCUAAGAUUUUAUUGUAGUGGAUCAGUUGAACAAGAGAAUUCGCGUAAAAACUUAUACUUUUGUUGUGAAAGCUAUUUCUAUUGUUACGGGGGAAGUUCGAAAUAUAAGCAAAACAUUAAAUCAAUUGAAUUUAUGCCUGGAUGUCGUUUCUCUCGUUUGGAACUCAACCUCUUCAAAACGUAUAGUGCAACACAAAAACUCAAUUUAAAAAAUGUGGACCUUGAGAUAGUGCGAUUACAGGAUUUUACCUAUGCUGAACAUUUGAUGGAAUUCGAUGCUUCACACAACAAACUAAUCGAAAUUCCUACCAUGCUCUUUGUAAAUGCACCCGAAAUAACCAAAGUGGAUUUGUCAUUCAAUGAAAUAAGUCGUAUUGAUCCUAUGGCAUUUGAGCAUUCGUCUGCAGAUCAUUCGAGCAAAUUAAGUAUCUUAGAUCUAUCGAAUAAUAAAAUCACUUCAAUUGAUAAUCGAACAUUUGCUGCCCUGCCAGCGCUCACCACAUUAUAUUUGAGUUCUAAUCUCAUUCAAGUAAUUGACACCGGUGUUUUCGCUCAAAAUAAAGACCUUAAUCUCCUGCAAUUGCCUUACAAUGAAUUAACGACAUUUGCAUGCCAAUAUUUUGAAAACGUGAAAAUUUUGGACUUAAUGGGCAACAGAUUAACGUCGUUUGAUGGUGAUUGUAUGAGUGGAAAGAGUGAAGGCAGUUAUCUGGAUUUGAAUAUCGAAAACAAUCAAUUAACAAUCAUCACACUGAACAGCAACUGGACGCAUUUGCGAGCAUUUUCAAAUGAAUUGGAAUGGAUAACCAUCGAAUCGAAUUUAGAUGUCUUGGAAACAUUCAACGUGUCUCAAAACAAAAUCGAAAACGUUCCACAAAUUUUCAAUCGACUCGGUAAGGCACUGAAAUUUUUGGACGUAACGAACAACUUCGUGGGUAAACUGAAUGUUAGCACAUUCAUGAAAAUGGAAAACCUUGAAAAAUUGGUACUACGAAAUACAAGUCUUUCAAACAUUCAAUACGGAACGUUCCACUACCAAAAACAUCUCAAGCUUUUGGACAUUUCAUUCAAUAAUUUCAAAACGCUAAAAUUCAACGCUUUUGCGCGUGAUUUGCGACAACUAGAAAGUUUAUUUUUAGAUGGAAACGAUUUAACGGAAGUGGAUGGAUUGACAACAGUAAAAUUUCCAAAAGUGACCCUUCUCGGAAUUACAAAGAAUAAUUUCACCUGCGAAUAUUUGAGCGACUUUAUGCGAGACUGGAUUGAUGUCACUUUUGUGUCCGAUGCAUUACUGAAUGGAAAUCACAUUGAAAAAGUUGCAUGCUAUGAAGGUACUGAGGUCCAAUAUAACACUCAAUUUCAUGAUUAUGUCACACAAAAGUGGAGAAUUGAAUCGGUGACGACAAAAAAUCAGCCAGCGACUAAAUUGAUUGAGGAUGUAGAAAACGGUUCAACGAAUCGCGUCCUGUUGGUACUUGUUCUCGUCGUUUUAUGCACAAUAUGCGUUGUUGUUGUUACGAAGAACGUUAUUUUGAUUUGGCGUUCUCUCAGGUUUAGAGACGAGGUGAAUGUAACCUAUUGCAAUGAAAAACGUUACGAUCAUGGUCUUGCUGAAAAUUCAGUUGAAAUAAUUAGAACGGAUCUUCUGACUUCCGAUUAAUAAUAUGCAACUGAUAAAGAGUGUAAGAGCCUUGGUAUAAGUAAUUAUUUCUAUUUGUUGAAAUAAAUUCAUGAUAGUCUCUGUUGU